UGAACAGCACCUCUGCCAUGGACUUCUCUCUGAGGGUGAGUCCAGACCAGUCCCAGUUCUUCAAAUGGGACAAAGUGUCUCUGAGCUGUGGAGAUACUGGACCCUGGGCUCUGAAGAGGAACACCAGCACAAAACAGAACGAGCCCUGUUCUGAAUGGGGGGCAGAUAUGAAAGGUUCUUCGUGUUCAAUGGACCUGUUUCCCGUGGACUCUGGUGUGUACUGGUGUGAGAGGAACAGCAGCUCUACAGAACCCGUAAACAUCACUGUUCGAGACAGGGGCGUGAUUCUGCAGGUGCCUGUGCUCCCUGUGUCUGUGGGACAAACUGUCAAUCUGACCUGUCGACAUCACACUGACCACGCCCUCCCAGCCCGUUUCUAUAGAGAUGAACACUUCCUGUCGGAGCAGCCCGCAGGUCACAUGACCCUCCAGCAGGUGGCAAUGUUUGAUGAAGGCCUGUACCAGUGUGAGAUGAGAGGAGAGAAGUCACUGCCCAGUCGACUCCGGGUCAGAGCAGAUGAGAAAGUCCAUGUGAGCAGCCCCCCUCCAUCAGUGCAGCCUUCAGCCCAGUCUCCUGUCUCUCCUCUGGGCUCCUCGUCUCUGGUGCUGGGUUUGAUCACCGGCUCAGUCCUGAUCCUCCUGGUUCUGCUGGUCCUGGUGGUGAGACGGUGCCAGAGACACACAGAGGAGAAUGGAUUAAACAGCCACAUAUUACCCCAGCAGCAGAGGAGGACGAUCAGACGCACAGAUUUUGAUGAGAGCUCUUUGUAUACCACUGUCUGCUACUCCACCAUCACCAUCAGCCAGACCAAAGAUCCAGCUGCCAGAGCUGAGGAGAGGAUGCAGAGACACAGCGAUGCAAGAACCGGCACAGAGAUCAGAGUCCGGCCUAACCAAACCAGGACUUCACCCUUAUUUACUGCAAGACUUAAUCAGGACUAAACCAUGACUAAACAAGGACUAUACCGGAACUAAAACAGGACUGACCAGGUCUAUAUCAGGACUAAACCAGAACAAAUCAGGACUGAACUGCGAUUACAUUGAAACUAAACUAGAACUAAAUCAGAACUAAACAUCUAAAAUAUCCAUCUAGAUCCAAUUGUUUUUUUGUUUUUUGCUGACCAAACUUAUAUGCUUGAAGCUUUACUGACAGACAUUUUAUUGCAUUGAGCAUUUCAGAUAUUAAAGGUGCACUAUGUAACUUUUUGGUUGGGGGCCAGUCACCUACUUGUUUCUAUGGAUAUGUCAUUGCUUUGUCUGGAUUGUUCCACAUUAUGAUAUUAAACAGUUCUACCUUACAUUUAUUAAAUUACAGAUGGUUUCAUAGCUCAAAAAUACCUAAAAAACAACCAAACAAACACAUUCUGGCUGUGAGAGGUCGCCUCUUCACAGAUCUGACCUGUAACUUGGUCUGGUUUGGUGUCCAUGAAGAAAGGUUUAAUGCCAUUACUGUGAAACAUGUCAGACAAAGCAAUAGCAUCUCCAUAGAGACAAGCAUUUGACAAAUGACAAAUAACAUUUUGUAGUGUUAAUUAUAAUGAACAAAAAUGCUAAUUUACUUUUCUAUGCAAUAUUCUUUAAAAAAUAAAACUCUGAAGUGUCUCUAAAAGAAAUAAAAUCAGCUCAUGUAAAAAUUAUAACAUGUGAAUGUAAGACUUCUGAUGA